CAAUAUGAUCAGCAAUUCACAACGCAGCAUAUACAUACACACCAAACAUACGUAUCAACAAACUGAAAAGCAGCUCUACUGUUUCUCUUCUUUUCUCUUUAUCACACCCACCUACUCAUUUCUUCUUCCAAUUCUUUCGAUUUCCCUCACGCAAUGCUUGGUGAUGAACUUCUCUGUUGAAGGAAGCCACUGAUUUAUUCGAAUUAUUGGAGGGUUAAAUCUCUUUGCAGUGCAAGAGAAGCCGCACUCAAUUCUGACUAUUUACUCUUGAAUUGAGUGAUCACAGAAUUUUUGUUGAGUUUAUUCCACAACGAAUCUAGUUUAUCCGCGCCUUAGUGUUUAAUUUAGCGAAUAUAUUACCUAUUCGGUGAUAAAUCUGCAACUAGACAUUGAAGGAUGGCCAAAUUGUCGCAUUCGGAUUCGAGACGAAUGUAUUCCUGGUGGUGGGAUAGUCAUAUUAGCCCCAAAAAUUCAAAAUGGCUCCAGGAAAAUCUCACAGAUAUGGAUGUUAAAGUUAAAUCAAUGAUAAAGCUCCUUGAAGUGGAUGAGGACUCCUUUGCGCGAAGGGCAGAGAUGUACUACAAGAAAAGACCAGAGCUUAUGAAAAUGGUUGAGGAGUUCUAUAGAGCAUAUCGUGCAUUGGCCGAAAGAUAUGAUCACGCCACUGGUGUGAUUAGGCAUGCUCAUCGAACUAUGACAGAAGCUCAAGUUCCUAUGGUGUUUGCUGAUGAUUCACCUGCUAGUUCUGUUUCUCGAGCUGAUUCUAGAACACCUGACCUGAUUGGAGAGUUCACUGAUGAUUCUGAUAAUGGGACUAGAAAAAGGACUUCAAAGCCAUUCCCUGUUUCAUUUGGGCAAGUUGAGCGGGUGAGGAGAGGUCUGAAUUUUGAUGAGGCGGAUGACGUGUUUAGCAAUGAGAACAACCAUGUUGAUGAUAAAAGUUCAUUAAAAUACGACCGACAAAGUGAUUCUAAGGAGAUAAUAGCAUUGAAGGAAGCCAUUGCCAAACUGGAAGCUGAGAAAGAAUCUGGCAUUGUUCAGUAUCAACAAACUUUGGAUAAAUUGUCACAGCUUGAGACUGAAAUCUCCAGAACCAGAGAGGAGUUCAGUAUGCUAAAAGAUCAUGCAAAUAAAGCUGAUGCUGAAGUUGCUACAUUAAACGAAGCUCUGGUGACAUUAGAAGCUGAAAAGGAAUCUAAGCUUCAAGACUACCAAAAAUGCUUGGACAAGAUAUCUGACCUACAGAUUACUGUAUCUACUACUCAAGAUGAUGCUCAGAAACUUAGUGAAAGAGCUAAUAGUGCUGAAGUUCAAGCACAAUCGUUGAGAAGUGAACUGGAUGUAUUAGCUGUCGAGAAGGAUGCUGCUCUCAAUCAGUACCUGGAAUCGCUGGAGAUCAUAUCAAACAUGGAAAAUAAAUUACGACUUGCUGAAGAAAAUUCUUCAGGGUUUAAGGAGCGAGCUGAAAAAGCAGAAAGUGAAGUGGAAGGUUUAAGACAAGCAAUCUCCAAAUUGACCGAGGAAAAGGAAAGUGCAGCUCUGCAGCACCAGCAAUGCUUGGCGACAAUUUGUAGUCUGGAGCAAAAACUCACAUUGGCCGACGAGGAGGCUAAGCGCCUCAAUGGGGAGAUAGAAAAUGGGGUGUCCAAGCUAAAAGGUGCCGAGGAACAAUGUCUGAUGUUGGAAAGAUCAAACCAGUCUCUUCACUCUGAGUUGGAAUCUUUGAUGUUAAAGAUGGGAACUCAAUCUCAGGAGCUUACUGAGAAGCAGAAGGAACUAGGAAGACUUUGGGCAGCCGUACAAGAAGAGCGAUUGCGCUUUGUGGAUGCUGAAACUGCUUUUCAGACUUUACAGCAUUUGCAUGCGAAAACUCAGGAGGAGCUCCGAGCUAUGGCUUCUGAGCUGCAGAAUAGGGCUCAACUUUUGAAGGUUUCUGAGACCCAAAAUCAGAGUUUGCAAGAUGAAGUUCUCAAGGUUAAGCAGGAGAACAAGCAUCUUGAUGAGCUGAACUCAUCUUCCGCAUUAUCAAUACAAGAUAUGCGGAGUGAGAUUUCUAGCUUAACGGAAUCAACAGUAAAACUUGAGGAAGAGGUUGAGCUAAGGCUUGACCAGAGAAACGCACUGCAGCAAGAGAUUUAUUGCCUUAAAGAAGAACUAAAUGAACUGAACAAGAAGAACCUUUCAGUUUUGGACCAGGUACAUGAAGUAGGCUUAAAUCCAGAAUCCUUGGGAUUGUCAGUGAAGGAAUUGCGGGAUGAGAAUUCCAAUCUGAAAGAAACUUGCCAGAGGGAAAGUACUGAUAAAGCAGCUCUCCUACUGAAAUUGGAAAUCCUGGAACAGCUUCUCGAGAAAAACUCGCUCUUGGAGACCUCCCUUUCUGAUUUGAAUGCUGAACUAGAUGCUGUUAGAGGGAAGAUAGAAGAACUAGAAAAAUCUUGCCAAUCUCUAAUCCAAGAGAAAUCUACUCUAAUCGAUGAGAAGGAGACUCUCACGACACAGUUGCAGGAAACAAACAAGAAUCUGGAAAAACUCUCAGAAAACAACACAGUUCUAGAAAAUUCCCUGUCAGAUGCACAUCAUCAGCUUGAAGCUUUAAAGGCUAAAUCGAAAAUCUUGGAAGAUUCAUGUCAGUUGCUUGUUAAUGAGAAGGCUGAUUUGAUAAGUGAAAAUGACGGUUUGACUACUCAGCUGGAACAGACUCAGAGAAGACUUGUAGAUCUUGAGAAACUUCAUGGAGUACUGGAAGGAAGAUAUGAGCAUCUAGAAAACAAGAAAAAAUCAACUCUUCAAAAAGUUGAAGAGCUGCAAGUGGCAUUGGAUGUAGAGAAGCGAGAGCAUUCGAACAGUAUUCAGAUGAACAAAGCUCGACUCUAUGAGAUUCAAUCUGAGAUGCGUGUUCUGCAUGAAGAACACAAACAACGAAAGACAGAACUCGAUCAUGUGCUUGAUAGUGCCAUAGCUAGUGAAAUUGAGAUAUUUGUAUUGCGCACGACUGCUCAGAUGAUGAAAGAAACCAAUUGCUCCUUGCUUUCAAAGAAUCAGAAACUCUUUGAGCAGUCUAGUUUAUUCGAAAAGGAGGUCUCACGGCUAGAGCAUGACAAACUCAGGAAGCAGUCUGAAAUCAGAUCAUUGUCAGAUCAUGUUAGUACUCUGAGGUCAGGGACCCGCCAGUUGUUGAAGGUUCUCAGCAUUGCUGAGGAUUGUGUGUCUUCGGAUAAUGUGGAACUAGACCAGAUUUACAUCAACCAGCUAUCAAGUACACUCCAAAAUUUAAAGAAAUCAAUUUGUCGCGCUGAUGAAGAAAAUCUGGAGUGGUCUGUUGCAUUCUCAGUCCUUAGCACAUGGAUUGAGCAACUGGGAUUACAUUCAAAGAAUGUCGAGGUGGAAAAGGACAAACUAGAGCAUGAGUUCAAGCUGAAGGCCGAGCAGGUGUUACAGUUACAGAGCGACUCCUUUACACUUCUAGAGAUGAAUGAACAACUAAAGUCAAAAUUGAGAGAAGAAGACCACAAUAAGAAAGCUCUGAUGAUCCAGAUUGAGAGUUUGGACUCAAAGCUUAAAGACAUGCAAGAUACUUGCCAGGACUUACAAAGAGAGAAACUACAGAGUUCUGAGGAGAAAAUUUCCUUAAAGGAUAGAAUCGUGCACUCAGAGGAAAAACGUAAUGUUCUGGAAGAGGAAAAUUAUGUCUUAUGUGAUAAAGUAUUAGCUCUUGAGAACUUAUACUUGAUUUUCCAAAGCUUUGCUGAUGAGAAACUUAGGGUGCUAACAGAUCUUGGUGAUGAUCGCAAUAAGCUUAAUGUGAUGAAUAGUGCUCUUAUUGGAAAGUUGAGCGUGGCUGAGGGGAGGCUUGAAGAAUCAGAACUCAAUAAUCUUCAUCUCAAGGAAAGGCUGCAGAAGACAGAAGAUGAGCUCAAGGCUAUAGCAACAGUCGAAGAUCAGUUGAAUAUUGAGAUUGAAAAUGGAAAGGAAGUUUUUGGUCAAUUGCAACACACCAUGAUCUGUCAGGUUCUCUAUGAGCAGAAGUUUUAUGAGCUCCACGACGCAUGCCUUGGCUAUAUCGAUCAAAAUGAAGGCCUCAAAAAUCAACUGGAUGCAUUUCGGCCGGAGAUUAUAUCAUUGAAGGAAUGUAUUUCAUCCCUGGAGGACCAAACUGAUAUACACAUCAAGUUUCAAAUUCCUGAAAAUGAGGAUUAUCAGGGUGCUCACAGUACUGAUAUUUCACCCAAAAGCAUUCAUAGUGAAGACAAGAAAGUGUUGGCGCCGGUUUCUGACUUGCAUGAUCUACGAGUUAGGCUUCAAGCGGUUGUGAAGGCAGCAGUCGAGAUGAAGGAGCUAAUGGUUCACGAGAACACUGAUCUGCACGCCAAGCUUGACCAAUCAUCGAGGCAAAUCGAGCUACUGCAAUCUGAAAGCGGGAAGCAUCGAAGAAACAAGAGACCUACGUCUGAAAUCACUAUGGAAGACAGUGCACUUUUGACAAAAGAUAUUGUUCUUGAUCAGGUCUCCGAUGGUUCAUACCGAUACAGCAAGAAUGAAGCCGCUGACGUGGACAAUCAAAUCGUCGAGUUAUGGGAAACUACAGAACCAGAUGGCACCGUGGGGCUCGCCAUUGGCAAGUCAAACAAAACCAAUCCUCCUUCCACCACCGCGACCUCUGAUUUUCAUCGUUCUAAAUCAACAAGGAGACAGAAAGGCGGUUUUGGGGCCUCGUCUGAUGCACUCAAUGUGGACUUGAGUGUGGACAAGUUAGAGAUCUCAAAAAGAUCAACUGAUUCCUUACAAGAAGGGAACAAGAGGAAGGUCUUGGAGAGGCUUGACUCCGACGUUCAGAAACUGGCGAAUCUCCAGAUCACGGUCCAGGACUUGAAGAGGAAACUCGAGGUGACUGAGAAGGGCAAGCGGGGCAAAGCUGUGAUCGAAUGUGAGUCGUUGAAGAGACAGCUCGACGAAGCUGACAUGUCCGUGAUGAAGUUGUUUGAUCUGAACGGCAGGCUGAUGAAGAGCAUCAAUGACAGGUCGUUCUCGGACUCAAAGUCCUCGUUCGACUUUGAAGGCGAGGAAGGUGCCCGGAGGAGGAGAGUGUCCGAGCAAGCACGUCGAAUGUCAGAGAAAAUUGGGAGGAUACAGUUGGAAGUACAGAAGCUGCAGUUCGUGCUGCUGAAACUAGACGACGAGAAGGACGGAGCGUCGAAGAUGUCGGAAACGAAACGGAGAAUAUUGUUGAAGGAUUAUCUGUACGGAGGGGGAAGAGGGAGCCAGAGGCGUAAGAAAGGGAAUCUCUGUGCUUGCGUUCAGCCAUCAGCAGUUAAAGAUUGAGAGAGAUUGUUGAUUAAAAUUGCUUCUUCUAUUAAGCAUUGUAAAUUUGGUCACAAAUUAGCUCUACUUAUGUUUAGUUCAUUAGCAUAACUUCACGUAUUUUAUUUUAUCAAUGCAUCGUAGCUUUGUUGUGA